AUGGAUUCUUCAAGUUCGACGAGGGAUCCAGUCGCCAACAAGUACACAUGGCUGAUUAACAACCUCCCCCCUUUUAGAACGCAGACUAUCUGGUCUGAUCCGUUCGUGAUCGGUGGCUGUAGAUGGCGUGCUAAGGUCCAAUCCAAGGCCAUGACGAUUGUGAAUCUGUAUCUGGCGGUUGAUGGUGCUGAAGAUUUGCCCUUGGGAUGGAGAAGACUCGCAAAGUUUUCUUUCACCAUACUAAAUCGGUAUUCUAAAGUGAAAGCUUGCCACCUGGAAGAAUACUUUCGCGUUUCUACCGAAAAACAAGCCUGGUUUGACGUCAAAAACCAUACCCAUAGUGGUGCAACCCCUAUUAACCUUGGCCCAUUUCAAUCCAAAUAUGGUGGACUUGUACGGGAUGGACAAGUCAAGAUUGUUGUGGAGAUUAAGCUUAUUCUAGAUUUCGGCGAGGAUGGAUAUGUUUGUAAAGCGAUCAAUCUAGGUGGAGAUGACGAACGUAUUGAUGUCUAUGGGAUUCCGCUUCUUCCCCAAGAGGUGCCAUACAUGAGGCUAUUCUUAGAGAAUCACCCGGACACUGCAUCAAGCUUCAUGCUUGGAACUGAUCUGGACCCAUGUAUGAAGAGAGGGUUCCUGUACCUCCUUACUGGCGUGCUCGACUCACUGUCCAAGCCUCCUCAAGAAAUCUCAAAGUCUUGUUUCGACAGGGCACGUGCUUCUCUGGUGUUCAUCAGAGAUGCUUGGUUUGAGGUGGACUGGUUUGAGCAGACACUGGAUUAUGUGGCUAGACAGAUGGAGGAAGGUGUGGUGGUUGAGGUGGCACAAGAUGAAGAUAGCUGCGUAUCAGAGGACCCAAACCAACACCUGGAAGAGAUAAGUCUAUGUGAAGGUGACCAUAGUCAUAUUCAUGUCUACGGGAUUCCACUUCUUCCCUCAGAGGUCCCAGCCAUGAGGCUAUUCUUAGAGAAUCACCCAGACACUGCAUCAAGCUUCAUGCUUGGAACUGAUCUGGACCCAUGUGUGAAGCAAGCGUUCCUGUACCUCCUUACUGGCCUGCUCGACUCACUGUCCAAGCCUCCUCAAGAAAUCUCAAAGUCUUGUUUUGACAGGGCACGUGCUACUCUGGUGUUCAUCAGAGAUGCUUGGCUUGAGGUGGACUGGGUGGAGCAGAUACUGGAUAAUGUGGCUAGAGAGAUGGAGGAAUGUCUGGAGAAGGUGGCACGAGAGGAGGAAGAAGAAAUUUGA